GACCUCGAGCAUGAUUAAUGAGUUUACCAUUGUUGGCCAUUCAUUAGAACCUCUUUCGGUGCUCAUAUUAAUCCAACACUCCUUAUAAGCUUCUAUUUAAUCCAAAUAAUUCUUGCAUUUUUCGCAUUUUCCCUUUUCUUCACAUCACCAUCACUUGUAGAUCGUCAUACCAUCCAUCCAUCUUAUAAUCUUAUAACCUUACAUCAAACCCCUGCAGAUUUCACCUUGCACAAACAAGAAAAAGAAAGUUCCCAGUUCCCCAUUACCCCACGUCACCGAAGCAUCUUUUCUUCCUCCACCCCUCUCUUAGCUUAGUAACCGAUUCAUAAAAGUCACAUCAAUGGGUGCACUCUCCGCCGUUCUCGCCAUCCCAUAUCGAAGCAUUAAAGAAUCCAUUCAAAGAAAUCGCAAAAACGAGAAUAAAAACAAAAGACAAACGAAAUCUGCGCCGGGCAGUCGAACGCCUUCCAUUUAUCUCAAAACAAGAGAAUCGUUUGAUAGGAAAUAUAGAACGGGAGAUAGUGGGAGUAAAAAGUCGCAAUCAUUAGGUCAUUUACCUUUGGUCGACGUGCCGCGGCCAGAAUUGUUGGCUGUGGAGAACGUUGCUUUGAGCAAAGGAAAGCGAAAGGAAAAGGCGAUCGAAGAACCUCUUGUGCAGAAACGGAGUUCGCAAUCAAGAACGACUUCGCAAAAGGAUUUUGUGUUAGAUUCAACGGCUUGAGUUCCGGUUUUCGAUUGGGUGGAAGGGUUUCGCAUACUUUUACUACCGCUCUCUUUCCACGAAUUUCAAUUACAGGAUUUGAGGGAAGAUCUAGGGUAGGAAUUUUUAGAGGGAUUACUGAGCGCAGUUUCUCGCACGGCUCUGCGGUUUUUAAACACGCGAACGGGAAGAAAAGUUUAGAGGUUACC